GGCGGGCGGGCCCCGAGCGGAAGCGGGCCGGGCCCGGCGGCGGAGCGCGGCGGCGGCGGGGGCGAUGGAAACGCACAUCUCGUGCCUGUUCCCGGAGCUGCUGGCCAUGAUCUUCGGGUACCUGGAGGUGCGCGACAAGGGCCGCGCGGCGCAGGUGUGCACGGCCUGGCGCGACGCCGCCUACCACCGCUCCGUGUGGCGGGGCGUGGAGGCGAAGCUGCACCUGCGCCGCGCCAACCCCUCGCUCUUCCCCAGCCUGGCGGCGCGGGGCAUCCGGCGGGUGCAGAUCCUGUCGCUGCGGCGCAGCCUGAGCUACGUGAUCCAGGGCAUGGCGGACAUCGAGAGCCUCAACCUCAGCGGCUGCUACAACCUCACCGACAACGGGCUGGGCCACGCCUUCGUGGCCGAGAUCGGCUCUCUGCGCUCGCUCAACCUCAGCCUCUGCAAGCAGAUCACGGACAGCAGCCUGGGCCGCAUCGCCCAGUACCUCAAGGGCCUCGAGGUGCUCGAGCUGGGCGGCUGCAGCAACAUCACUAACACUGGCCUCCUCCUCAUUGCCUGGGGCCUGCAGCGCCUCAAGAGCCUCAACCUGCGCUCCUGCCGGCACCUCUCCGACGUGGGCAUCGGGCACCUGGCGGGCAUGACGCGCAGUGCGGCCGAGGGCUGCCUGGGCCUGGAGCAGCUCACGCUGCAGGACUGCCAGAAGCUCAGCGACCUCUCGCUCAAGCACCUGGCCCGCGGGCUGGGCCGCCUCCGCCAGCUCAACCUCAGCUUCUGCGGGGGCAUCUCGGACGCGGGGCUGCUGCACCUGUCGCACAUGAGCAGCCUGCGCAGCCUCAACCUGCGCUCCUGCGACAACAUCAGCGACACGGGCAUCAUGCAUCUGGCCAUGGGCAGCCUGCGGCUGUCCGGCCUCGACGUCUCCUUCUGUGACAAGGUCGGGGACCAGAGUCUAGCCUAUAUCGCACAGGGCCUGGACGGGCUGCGUUCCCUCUCCCUCUGCUCCUGCCACAUCAGUGACGAGGGCAUCAACCGCAUGGUGCGACAGAUGCACGGGCUUCGCACCCUCAACAUUGGCCAGUGCGUCCGCAUCACUGACAAGGGCCUGGAGCUCAUUGCUGAACACCUCAGCCAGCUCACAGGCAUCGACCUCUAUGGCUGCACCCGCAUUACCAAGCGGGGCUUGGAGCGCAUCACCCAGCUGCCCUGCCUCAAGGUGCUCAACUUGGGACUUUGGGAAAUGACUGAGAGCGAGAAGGUCAGGUGAGAGGAGGGGGCUCCCCGAGACCUCCAUCUCCUCUGGAGGGACUCAUGGACGGACUUACUGACUGACUGCUGCAAUGGAGGAGAGAAAGAGAAAGAGAGAGAGAGAGAGAAAGAGAGAGGGGGGCACGCACAGAGCCAUGCUACCCACGCACCCUGGCGCUGGAGGGAGGAAUAUAUAUAGAGAGAGAGUAUAUCCUUGACCCUUCUGUGCUGCCUACCCACCCUUGCUCUGGAGGAGGAGGAGGAAGGAGGGGGGACAGGAGGUGGGGGAGAGAGAGAGAAAGAGAGAAAGCACCUAUCCUUUCCAGGUCAUGCCUCCAGCUCCACACUUGGGAAACAGAGCUCCCCCUCCCCCCAUAGCAUCCUUCUCUACAUAAGAGGCAGAAGCCCACAAUCUUAUGCACUGGGGCUAGAGAUACCCCUCUUUAUCCCCACUCCUUGACUCCAUCCCCUCAUGCACUAAGGAUGGAUAAAGAAAGACCCUUGUUCUGCCAUGUAUUGAGACUAGAUUAUUUUGUGUUUAUGUAAAGGAGAGUGGGAACGGAGAUGGUAACAAACAAUAACAGCAGCAGCAGAAGCUUCCUAGCUACAUUUCUAUACCCAGACACCCCAGUCCUCCUGCACAUUGGGCACAGGCACAGCUUUUGGUAAAAACCAUUCCACCUCUGCGCCUGCCCCUCCCCCGUCAACUGGGAAUUGUGACAGAAAUACUGCUCCCUAGGUACAUUGAUUUUCUUUUUAUUUUUUUUAAUCUGUUCUCAAUCUCCAGUUCCAUGUUAUUCUCUGCUGUGGGUGGAUACAAGCUCCCACUAUUCCAGUUCUCCACUGCACUGAGAACAGGGAUAGCUGCAACGUCUCCUUUUGUAUGUUUCCAUGUCAUCCUGCGCUAUAGUUAAAGAGAAAGCCUAGGCACUCCAUUCUUUCUCCCCAUCUCUCUGUACUGGAGAUAGAGAUAACCAUUUCCUCCUUCCCCUGUCUCUGUAGGGACUGGACACAGACCCUGGUCUCUUAAACCUCCCCAUGUACUGGGGGACGCUGAGAGUUACCGAGAGACACAUCUUCCCUUUCAUCAUUUGCUCUUUUUCUCCCCUCCUUCUCUUUCUUGGCAAUGAGGAUAAAGACAUAUCCAGCUACAUAUCCAUUCCUCUUUGGAUUGGGGGCAAGUGGGUGGAAGGGGCAAGUAGCUCCCCUCUACCCAUGGGGCUUGAGGAAGAAUCUCCAGUUUCAUUUCUGCUUCUUUUGAGAUACUGUGACCUGUUUUUAUUUUGAAAUGCAUAAAAAAAAUUACUGCUACAAAAACAGCCUCUUAACUCUCCCACCUAUCCCUUGCUUAUGUCUUAUAACUGGUCCCAGUUUUCCUCAUACAUUCUCCUCUUUACAGUAUUCAUUUUCUUACAUUUUUUUUAUUAUUUUUAAAGACAUUUGAAGUUGCUGUUCUUGUGGAUUUUUAAGUACAUUUUUUUUCUGCUGAAUAUAUUCUAUAUAUAUAAAUAUAUAUAUAUAUGAUGUCUGGCUACCUCGUUUUAAUUUGUUACCUUUUUUUCCUCAAAAACCCUGGAAUUCUUACAGGAAAGAGAUUUUGAGACUGAAACAUUUUUGUGCCUAGACUGGAAUAAUGCCCCUUGGGUUUGUACUUUUUUCUUUUCUUUCCCUUCCCUGCCCUUUCUCCUUUAUUUUUUUUAUGAUUUUUUUUAACCUUAUCCUACUGUGUCCCGCCUUCACAUUCUGGUUGUGCCUCUCCCUCCCUCUUCAUUGGGGAUUGGGGACCCAAACUGUGCUUCUGCAUUUUUACUCUUCUAGCACAAACAUGUAACGUGAGAAUCCAUGCUGAGGAUUGGGCUACUGUUAACAGAAAUGUGUAAAAUGCAAGCUUGUUUAAAAAAAUUUAUAUAUAUAGAUAUAUGCAAAUAUUUUCCCCUCCCCUCCCAAAUCACCUACAAAAGGUCACUAUGUGAGGCUUCCUGUUUGUAAGUGGAGAGAGGAGCAAAGCAGGCCUGCAGGCCCUGAGGCUGUAAUGUGAAGGGGAGGAGACUGAAGUUCAUCUGUCUUAUCUCUCUUCUGUCAAUAAAAUGGAGCUGGUUCUUUAGAUUUUUUUUUUUAAUUAUUUUAAAGAGGAAGAAUAAGUUUGUUUUUUGUUUUUUUUUUUAAGAAAAAUAUCUUGGCUUUUUUUUGCUUAUAUGUUCAAAAUCUCAAAUCCUCCACAGUAACAGGCCAGACCAUGGAGUUAACGCAAACCCAGAGACCCCUAUGGAUUAAUUGUACUGUUUGUGAAUUUGUAUAAAAAAAUAACAAAGAUCCUCUUAAAACAUUUUAUAUUCUUACAGUAAAAGGUUAAACUGAUAUUUAUAUAAUAAAAGAGGAAAUAUGAAGUAUGUUUUUG